CCAGACCCUUCUUAGGAGAACACAGACCAUACAGGAGAAGAGUCUACAGGAAGCAGUCGCUGACAUCAUCCCAGUGUGAACAUAGCUCUACAUUGGAUCUACAGAAUGAAUCUCCUGUCGUCUCUAGUUCUGCUCGGAUCUCUGGCUCUGACUCUGGGGUGCAGUGGUCCUGAUCCAGGAGCAACAAAUAUAGCAAGAAAUGGAGAAGCCUCCCAGGAUUCCGACUACCAUGGUGAUAACUUGGGAUGUGCUAAAAAGGCCAUAGACGGUGUGAAAAAUGUAAAUUACUUCAAAGGUUUCUGCGCUCACAACAAUGGCAGAAGGGAUCCCUGGUGGAAGGUGGACCUAAAAAAGACAUACACGAUAUCACAUGUUGUCAUAACCAACAGGAUGGAUUGUUGUCCACAGCGGCUGUUGGGAGCCGAGAUCCGAGUCGGGAACUCCCCUGACAACAACAACCCUGUGUGCGGCACAGUCAACAACGCUGUAGAUGCCACCUUGAAUUUCUGCUGUAAUGGGAUGGAAGGUCAGUUCAUCAGCGUGGUGAUCCCAGGACGCUCAGAGUGGUUGUCGCUGUGUGAGGUUGAGGUUUAUGGAGAACUGGUCACCGAGGACUAUAAAACCUGCUGGUAGCCACCACGUUCCAGGAGAUCUUUUCUUCAGCUGCAUCUGCCUCUCCAGCUCUAUAGGGAGUUUUCCAUUGUAUAGACACUUGUUUGAGGUUGGAAGGAACAGGUUCUCCUCUGAUACUUCUGCAUUUGGUAAAAUUAAAAAAUAAACACAUUGGGGGGAUUUAUCAAACUGGUGUAAAGUAGAACUGGCUGAGUUUCCCAUAGCAACCAAUCAGAUUCCACCUUUCUUUACUCA